CUGCUACUCUGCCUCAAGUCAGCGUCAGAGUCAGUCUCCUCGAGGCUCCCAGAACCCAGAUUCUCCGGUGCCCGGAGCUUUAGGACAAAAUGGCGCUUUCGCGGGCCGCCGAGGAUGGGCAGGGCCCAGCCGUGAGCUCUGAGGCGGGCCGGGACAAAGGCGGCGUGCGCGGAGGCGGGGGUGGCGGGUGGCCCUGCGGGUUUGCCGCGCCGCGUGGGGCCGGCGCCGGCGCUUCGCCCUCGUGCCGCGGCUGUGUGAGCCCUUGAGAUGCUUUCAGCCUGGCGGUGGUCGGGGUGGGGGGCGGGCUUGGACUGGGAAGUUGAGGUGAGGCAAAUUCACUAACGCCUGGGGGGACGUGGGCGGAGCGUGACUUCCGCUUGUCUUUUAGAAGCCAUGCGCAGUCUGCCCAGAUAUCGUGGAGCAGGAAUUUUCGGGAAGGGUAAGGGCUUUUUGAUCUUUUGUGUGACCCUGCAGGUUUUGGUAUGAACAGGAUUCGGAUCCACGUCUUGCCGACCAGUCGGGGGAGGAUCACCCCAGUGCCCAGGUCUCAGGAGCCCCUAUCUUGUUCGUUUACUCAUCGCCCAUGCUCGCAACCUCGUCUGGAGGGGCAGGAGUUUUGCAUUAAGCAUAUACUUGAAGACAAGAAUGCCCCUUUCAAGCAGUGUAGUUAUAUAUCUACGAAGAAUGGAAAAAGAUGUCCCAGUGCUGCCCCAAAGCCUGAGAAGAAAGAUGGGGUGUCCUUCUGUGCUGAACAUGCCCGUAGGAAUGCCCUUGCACUUCAUGCUCAAGUGAAGAAGACCAAUACAGGGCCUGUGGGUGAAACACUCUUAUGCCAGCUGAGCUCAUAUGCCAAGUCAGAGCUGGGUUCUCAGACUCCAGAAAGUAGCCGCAGUGAAGCCAGCCGAAUUCUGGAUGAAGACAGCUGGAGUGAUGGGGAGCAGGAACCCAUUACUGUGGAUCAGACAUGGAGAGGUGACCCUGACAGUGAAGCUGAUAGCAUAGACAGUGAUCAAGAAGAUCCCCUAAAGCAUGCUGGUGUCUACACAGCGGAAGAAGUGGCCCUGAUUAUGCGUGAGAAGCUUAUUCGUUUGCAGUCUUUGUACAUUGACCAGUUUAAACGACUUCAGCAUCUACUCAAAGAGAAGAAGCGACGUUACUUACACAAUCGCAAAGUGGAACAUGAAGCUCUAGGUAGUAGUCUCCUGACUGGCCCAGAGGGACUUCUUGCCAAAGAACGAGAGAACUUAAAGCGUCUAAAAUGUCUUCGGCGGUAUCGUCAGCGCUAUGGAGUGGAAGCCUUACUACAUAGGCAGCUGAAGGAGCGCAGAAUGCUGGCCACAGAUGGUGCCGCCCAACAGGCCCAUACCACUCGUUCCAGUCAGAGGUGCUUGGCCUUUGUGGAUGAUGUUCGUUGUUCCAAUCAGUCUCUUCCAAUGACCAGACACUGCCUUACCCAUAUUUGUCAGGACACGAAUCAGGUUCUCUUCAAAUGCUGCCAGGGGUCUGAAGAGGUACCCUGCAACAAACCAGUUCCUGUAAGCCUCUCUGAGGAUCCCUGCUGCCCACUGCAUUUCCAGUUGCCUCCUCAGAUGUAUAAGCCCGAGCAGGUACUGUCUGUGCCAGACGAUCUGGAAGCCGGCCCCAUGGAUCUGUACUUGAGUGCUGCUGAGCUUCAGCCCACUGAGAGUUUACCUCUGGAGUUCAGUGAUGACUUGGAUGUUGUGGGUGACGGUAUGCAGUGCCCUCCUUCACCCUUGCUUUUUGAUCCUUCACUGACCCUUGAAGAUCAUCCUGUAAAAGAAAUUGCUGAAGGCCCAGUGGAUAUUUUGGGCCAGAUGCAGAUGGCUGGAGAUGGGUGCAGAUCACAGGGAUCCCGAAAUUCUGAGAAAGCCUCUGCACCAUUGCCUCAGAGUGGAGUGGCUACUGCAAACGGAAAGCCAGAACCCGCUUCUGUCAGUUGAUAGUUUGCUUUGGGAACCAGUUGACUUUGGAGGAUUUGUAUUUCCCAUUUAAACAAGUAUUUCUGACUGUCUCUCACUAAAGGACAACCUGGACUACCUUGUUUUUCUUCUGGGUUACUGAGUGCUAUAGUCAAACCACAUGCUGGGGGAAGGGACCAAUAGUGUCUAAAAAUUGUGGAUGUCUUCCCACUCUGGGCAGGGAAGAGGGGUGAUUCCCAUCAGAGCUGCUGAGCUUGAGAGUAUUUUGGGACCGUGCCUAAGCGGGGAGAGAGUUUUGUAAUGCUGUUUCCCAAGUCUAGGGAUGUUGAUGGACCCAAUGGCUGUUUAUCUCUGUCUAGCAGCCUGUUUUAGCCUUUCCUCACUUCUCACCUAAUUGGGUAAUCUGAAGCCCCUCCCCUCAGUGAACUCUGACCUAUAGCCUCUGAGAAAAUAGCCCACAGGACUGGGCCCUCCUUAACCAUCCAUCUUGCUUCUAACCUAUGUAAAUUUCUGUAGUGGCUAUCUUAUGUAAGAUACAAUAAAAAAUUAUCGUACAUAGUUUCUAUUAAAUGUUAAAAUGUUAUGAAAACAA